GGAAAAUAAUACAGCCACAACUGAAAAUAUACCUCUUACGCCGAUAUUCAAUGAAGUGUUUCCGUCUACUUCCAAAACCAAUUACGACAUUUUGCCAUCUAUAGAUUCUGUCCAAUCUAUGCCGACGCCACCAGCCCCGGAGUAUUCCCCGCAUCCAACACCAUUGCCAAGGGCAACAAAUAACCGCAACAGACGCAAGAAAAGCGUACCUAAAAUUACAGCAAUAAAUAACCGCAACAAACGCAAGAAGAGCCUACCUAAAGUUACAGCAAAAAAAGUUAAGAAAACUCGGUUGGUUCUUAAUUUGAAGUGGUUAAAAACUACGCUAAAAAAUAGAGGUUUUAUUGAUGAAAAUUUGUACAAAGCUCCUAAUGUUCGAUUAGAAACAGCUUUAAACUAUUUGUAUCUUUUCUUAACGCCGGACAUUAUAGAAGAUAUUGUGCAUAAUACCAAUUUGUAUUCGGUCCAGCAAACUGGCAAGUCUAUACAAUUUUCAAAUGGCGAAUUAAAAAAGUUUUUGGGCAUUGAAAUUUUAAUGGGCAUCAUAAAAAUGCCCGCAUAUACCGAUUACUGGGCCAGGAAAACCCGGUAUCCUCUGAUAGCUGACGAAAUGCCUCUUAAACGGUAUCAACAAAUACGACGCAAUAUUCAUUUUGUCGAUAACUCAUUUCAAAAUACAGACAGAUAUUUUAAAAUAAGGCCCGUCAUGGAAAAAAUCCGACUAAAUUUUCUGAAACUUGAAGAAGAAGGAGAGUAUUCAAUAGACGAAAUGAUGAUUCCUUAUAAAGGUACAAAAGCUGGAAAUAGACGGCAAUACAUACAAAAUAAGCCUAAAAAAUGGGGCUUUAAAAAUUUCGUACGUGCCGGUGUUUCGGGACUAAUCUACGAUUUUAUAAUGUAUGGCGGCGAUGAUACUUUCCGUGGGUAUACUUUUACAGAUGCAGAGGAAUCAAUUGGAAUUGGUGGAAAAGUUGUUAUUUCACUAUGCAAAUCAAUCCAAACAAAACCGGCCGUUAUAUUUGCAGACAAUUUUUUUACUUAUCCAGAGCUGGUUUAUAUUUUAAGAAAUGAAUAUGGCAUAUUUAGCCUUGGCACAAUUAGAAACAAUCGCCUCCGAGGCUGCCAAGACUUGUUACCAUCAGACAAGGAGAUGAAAAAAAAACCUAGAGGUAACAGUGCACAAAUUGUCUGCAAUCAAAAUAACUUAGCGGUAGUAAAAUGGUCCGACAACAAAGUGGUGACGUUUAUAAGCUCAUAUAUGGAUUCUCAUCCCAUAGAGACAAUUAAGAGAUACUCAAAGGAUAAGAGAGCUAAAAUUGAUGUUCCAUGUCCACAGGUAGUAAAACAGUAUAACAAACAUAUGGGCGGAGUUGACCUGGCCGACAUGUUCAUAUCAUUGUAUCGGAUCCCUUUUAAAAGUAGACGAUGGUACCUGGGCAUAUUUUCUCAGCUGAUCGACAUGUGCAUCAAUAAUGCCUGGAUUUUAUAUAGAAAAGAACAUGGGCAGAAUAAAACACCUUUAAAAAAGUUUCGGCUCGAAAUCUAUGAGGGAUUAUGCAAAUUUAAUAGAACGGUUAUUGACGAAAACGGUGAAAAUAUAUCGAAAAAGCAUAUCAUACAAAAACCAGUGAUAGAACGCCCGACGGACUGCAUUCGGUACGAUAAUGUCGGCCAUUUUCCUGAAAUCGGAGAAAAAACAAUGCGCUGUCGGUUUUGCAAGGACGGCAGAACAACUAUAUACUGCAUAAAAUGUAAUAUGCCUCUUUGUAUUGUGGCAGGAGAGCGUAAAAAAAGGAACUGCUUUAGACAAUUUCAUACAAAAUAAUGUCUAAAUAUAAUUAAAUGAUAUUUUUUUACUACUAAUACAUUUCUAUUUUUUUGGCGACGUUAACCACAGUGUACACUUUAAAAUUAGGCCGUUUCUAUGCUAAAUUGGCAACGUGCAUUGUAGUGUACA